AUGUGGCGGCAGGAGGAUUCGCUUUAUUCAGGUGAGCCACGGAGCCAGGGCUUGGCUUCUACAGAAAUGGUACCUCAGGUUAAUAACUUUGCUUCAGGAUGCUUAGGAUGAGGACAGAAAUUGCGCAACGGUGGCACGGCGACAGCGGGAGGCCCCAUUAGCUAAAGUGGUACUUCAGGUUAAGAACAGUUUCAGGUUAAGAACGGACCUCCCGAAUGAAUUAAGUUCUUAACCCGAGGUACCACUGUACUGCUAAAGCCCAGAUGCCUCACACCCCACCUCCAAGCUUCACAGAACUGGGCUAUGCCUGAUUAUCGUCUCCCAAAGCAACUUGUUAUUGUUGUUUAGUCAUUCAGUCGUGUUCGACCACUUUUGUUCUUGGUAAUCUUUGAAUGAAAAGUUGCUUUCAUAUCUCCCAUUUUCUUGAUCAGAUCUCUGGUUUUUCCCAUUCUAUUGUUUUCCUCUAUUUCUUUGCAUUGCUCGUUUAAGAAGGCCCUCUUGUCUCUCCUUACUAUUCUUUGGAAAUCUGCAUUCAAUUUCCUGUAUCUUUCACUAUCUCCCUUGCAUUUUGCUUGCCUUCUCUCCCCCGCUAUUUGUAAGGCCUCGUUGGACAGACACUUUGCUUUCUUGCAUUUCCUUUUCAUCGGGAUGGUUUUAGUUGCUGCCUCCUGUAUAAUGUUGCGAGCCUCCAUCCAUAGUUCUUCAGGCACUCUGUCCACCAAAUCUAAAUCCUUAAACCUGUUCCUCACUUCCACUGUGUAUUCAUAAGGGAUUUGACUUAGAUUGUAUCUUACCGGCCCAGUAGUUUUUCCUACUUUCUUCAGUUUAAGCUUGAAUUUUGCUACAAGAAGCUGAUGAUCUGAGCCACAGUCAGCUCCAGGUCUUGUUUUUGCUGACUGUAUAGAGCUUCUCCAUCUUUGGCUGCAGAGAAUAUAAUCAAUUUGAUUUCGAUGCUGCCCAUCUGGUGGUUUCCAUGUGUAGAGUCGUCUCUUCUGUUGUUGGAAAAGCGUGUUUGUGAUGACCAGCUUGGUCUCUUGGCUGAACUCUAUUAGCCUUUGCCCUGCUUCAUUUUGAACUCCAAGGCCAAACUUGCCACUUGUUCCUUUUAUCUCUUGACUCCCUACUUUAGCAUUCCAAUCCCCUACAAUGGGAAGAACAUCCUUCUUUGGGGUCAUUUCUAGAAGGUGUUGUAAGUCUUCAGAGAACUGGUCAAUUUCAGUUUCUUCAGCACCAGCGGUUGGUGCAUAAACUGGAUUACUGUGAUGUUAAAAGGUCUGCCUUGGAUUCGAAUGGAGAUCAUUCCAUCAUUUUUGAGACUGCAUCCCAGUACAGCUUUCGCCACUCUUUUGUUGACUAUGAGGGACACUCCAUUUCUUUUACGGGAUUCUUGCCCACAGUAGUAGAUAUAAUGGUCAUUCGAACUGAAUUCGCCCAUUCCCGUCCAUUUUAGUUCACUGAUGUCCAGGAUGUCAAUAUUUAUUCUUGCCAUCUCAUUUUUGACCACAUCCAGCUUACCAAAGUUCAUGGUUCUUACAUUCCAGGAUCCUAUGCAAUAUUUUUCUUUACAGCAUUGGAUUUUCCUUUCGCUUCCAGGCAUAUCCGCAACUGAGCGUCCUUUCGGCUUUGGCCCAGCCGCUUCAUCAGCUCUGAAUCUACUUGUACUUGUCCUCCGCUCUUCCUCAGUAGCAUGUUGGACGCCUUCCGACCUGAGGGACUCAUCUUCCAGCGUCAUAACUUUUAUAUGCCUGUUUUCUUUGUCUAUGGAGUUUUCUUGGCAGGGAUACUGGAGUGGCUCGCCGGUUCCUGCUCCAGGUGGAUCACGUUUGGUCAAAACUCUCCACUAUGACCUGUCCAUCUUGGGUGGCCCUGCAUGGCAUGGCUCAUAGCUUCUCUGAGUUAUUCAAGCCCCUUCGCCACGGCAAGGCAGUGAUCUAUAAAGGAGCCCAAAGCAACUACUCUAUUCCAAACUUAUUCACUUUAUUAUCAUGCGUUGGCAAAAGACUUUCUGAAUUUGUAGGGGACACCUCUAAACCCUAGAAAGAAAGAAAUGGUAGGAUGUGGACGAUUUGGAGUAUUCAGGGAAAGGCACCUAGCAGGCUUCAGCUUGCAUGGGGCAGGAGCCUGGUGAAAUUAUUUUCCUAUUAUUUCUUUGCACCAUCACUGUGCAUGACCCUUGAUCAAAAAGGUCCCUGCCCCGAGGGGCUUACAAUCUUUAAUAGGACACAGGGAGGGAACAGAGAAAGGUUGAGGUCCAGGUUGGAUCCUGAGUCUAGGUCUCUGAAUUUAAACUUUGGGAUUCCCGGACAUUUCCCACCUGUAACCUCUUCCUCUGUUUUUUAUUUUCCUUUCUGUCUCCUAGGACAAAAGAGGCUGCUGAGGCGGAAAACAAUGAAGGAGGCUGGAGUGAACUGGAGUCAACCAUUGGAGAUUGUGGUAAGUUAAUUCCAUGGGGAAUCCAUUCCCCACAUGUGCAGGGAGGUCAUGGCGCUGACCUGCGUGAAACAGGGCUGGGUUGGGGGUGGCAGGCUGGUCUCGCCCCAGCCCCUCGCUCCCCUCUUUCCAAGCCAGGGGUCAGGCGCCCAGGCAGGAGCAGGCUGGCAGCCUGUGGUGACGUGGGCAUGGGCAGCCUGGCAGGGGCGCUUGUUCUGCCCCCCUAGAGAGUACAAUGUCCUUCUUCCUUUGCAGGGCCGUGGUUUGGGGAACCAGCAGCAGCCCAGCGGUGCAGGGAAACCCAGCAAAAUCCGGAGGUAUGUUGUGACCUUGUGUGGCAGGGGAAAUGUUUCCCAAUGAUCCCAGGCCGGAUUUAGAGAUCCUGUACUUUUAUGAAGAGGGUUUCUCUGUAGUCCAUGCAGGGCCCUAGCUAGGGGGUGGUGAGGUGGGCCCCUGCCAGGGGUGGAGGUGAGGGGUGGGGCACAAAAUCGACUCCAAAAUUUGUCCAUCAACAUGUCUAAAUAUAGAGGUGAUAAUAAUGAAUAUUAUCAUCUGUAUAUUUAUUUGGUUCCAACUCCUCCAAGCAAUCAGACUAACAGAACUUGUUUCUUCCUUAGGCGAGAGGCCCGCCAGUACGAGGGGGGAAAGGCUCCCACCUCAGGUAAGUGGAAAUGCCAACAGAGUGCCCCAUAUUUUAGGAAUGUUUCCUUCCUCUGUCCCCCCUCCCUCAUGCGCCAGACUGGUGCUAUCAUCUGGGAUCCAGGCGCUUGCUGAUUCCUCCAUUUCCUUUGCAGGGAGGGAGCCUUUCCCCAACAUCUACUUCGCACUGGCAAAAUCCCUGGAGGGACGUGGCGAACAUCAGGUACUGGGACAGAAGGAAGGAGUCCUUGUGGAACUUCUUUUGGGGGGUCAUCAAAAAUGGGGCAGUAGUUUUUCAUCCGCCCCAGCCCCUUCUCAUCAGAUGGUUUCUGCUUCCUCCACAGGACCACGCCUCCAGGGAUGAGGCUCCAGCGCCUGCUCCCGGGACAAAGAUUGACAGACCAUCGCGGCGGUUCCCGGCAGUUCCUGAUCCUCGCCUGCCUCACCCUCCCUCCGUUCCCCGUGCGGGCAUGGCUCCUACCCGGCCGUACUUGGCGCAGAAGCAGCAGCCAAGGCUUCCCCCCAUCCAAAAGACCUCCCAAGUGAUUCCGGAGCCGGGGGAGACUUUGGCUGCUGCCUCUGUGCCAGGCCGGUCGGGAUGGAGCCCGGAUGCCCGCACGGAGGAGUUCAGGGUGGGGCAGUUAAUAAGAUCAGGUAGGAGGAAAUGCCCCCUUCCCAGGUCCCCACCCUACUGCCCCAGACUGGGGCUCGCGUAGCUGGGAGCCGGGCGCCGGCUGAUGUCUCCCUUUGUAUUGCAGCGAGGAGAAGGCUCAGCCUGGGAGCCGCCGCAUCCCGGGAGGGCCUGGAGCCGAGACAACGGCCUCUCGCCUCACAGGUAAGGGGACAGGGGGAUUUCAUUGCUUUGCCGCUCGCGAUUUGCGGGUUUGGGCGGCGCGGGCAGGUGGCACGUCGGAAUGUCACCCCCCUUCAGGAUGGCACCUGGGGCAGCCCGCUCCCCUGCUCCCCAUCAGUACGCCCCUGGCCACAAAGAGGGUUCGAGCCCAAGAGCCCUCUGCUCACCUGGGACUUCCUGCAACGACUUCUUGAAGCCCCGUCCCUGGUCAUUUGGUCUGUGACAGACCAUUCACACAUUCAGGGAUUCCUUCUUUCUUGCAGGGUAUUACAUCUGCACCGCUGUGGCUGCUGCUGAAGCCCCCUUCCCACAAAUAA